UUCGUCCCUGGAGAGCACGAAAGCCAACACGAGCAAGAUGUCGUUCUGCCUUCCACUGAGCUGCAGGAGGACUGUCUUCCCCAGGACAAUGAGCAGCAUGGAUCACCAUGACACCGCCGAUCCAUUCUCCGACUACGACCAACCUGCUGGGUCCAUGGAUGGCGACGACAUGUCCUCUCUAAAAGAGCUCACCGAUGGCUUCUCCGAUGAACGCACCCUCGGUACCGGUGCCUACGGCAAAGUUUACAUGGGUGUACAUGAAUAUGGGAAGAAGAUUGCUGUCAAGAUGUUCCACGACGACACGCCAACACAUGUUGAUGGUGGUCAUGAGCAGUUUCAGAAGGUGUUCAGCAACCUUCAGAGGCUCCGACACCAGAACAUCGUGAAGAUGCUUGGGUACUGCUAUGAAACUCAGCAAAAACACAUGGAGUACGACAUGAGAAAAUUUUUGAGUGAAAAGACACAGAGAGCGCUCUGUUCCGAGUAUAUGCACAACGGAGACCUUGACAAGUAUCUUAUUUCUGGUAUGAUUGUGCUCUAUUACUUUUAA